AUGGCCCUCGACGACGACCCCGUCUUGUCCUUCUUCCUGUUCGAUCACCCGGGGCUGGCAGGAGGUGGAGCCACACCACGCGGACAGGGCAAAGAGGCCAAGCCUUCAACGGGGAAAGCCCACGCAGCAGCAGCCGCAGCCCCAGUUGCUCCUCUGGCAGUCGAGUUCGCACCCAAAGCCUUCGCUGGGCUGUACGAGAUGGACGUCAGCAGUUUACUGGCAGGAGCUCUUCACGUGAAGCAAGUCCUCUGCGUGAUGCCAUCGGCCUCUGGUCUGACGUAUCUCUCCAUCCAGGUCACUGUCGACCGCCCCGUGCUAGCUGGUGAGCUCCUGAAAAGGCUCAACCCGCUCACGAUCACCAUCGGAACGGCUCGUCGACUGCCUGGAGCUGUGAGCCAGGGAAUCGGAACGGCGUCACCUCACUUGGCCCUCCAACGCUACUGCAAGCCAGCGUUCGCACUGAUCCACUUCUUCCCCGACCAACUGCAGUCGUCGUCCAGUCUAGCGGCGAAUACACCGCAAUCUCACUCAGUCCACCGCCUGCUGCUGACUCCAGGGCAGCGCCAGAGCGAGACGGUCCGGUGGAACGCGAGUGUUACGCUGCUUUGCGGGCGCUUCGACUCCUUGGAGCUGGUUGAUGCGAUUCGGUUCGGCGCGCUGACCGUGGAGAUCCGGGAUCGAGACUUAAGGCAGGAGGAGACGCUGGCUCGGUUCCAACUGAAGUGGGAGAGUUUGUACACGACGGGGCUCGAUCCUGGCCUAGCACAACAAGACCCACCGUCGUCCAUCUUGUCAUCUCGUAGCGACUCAAACCAGCCUCUCACUCCUACCACCACGUCAGCUCCUGCAGCCAAGCCGAUGGAGCUUUCAGUCGUCGACGAUAUCGCCCGUAGCGACUGGCGGCAGAUGCUGGCAAACUCGGAUCGUCUCUUUCCGUUCGGCCUGGCAAGAUUCCGACUCGUGGAGCUUCUCAACACUGCGAAACAGAGCAUGGGCGGCAUGAGAGCCGACAGUGACAAGCCGUACAUGGGGCUGAAGCUCACGACAGACAUCAUCGCUAUGAAGCGGCGUGCGAGUCCUCUCGGCACAGCAACCUUAAGCGAGGAGAGUGAGCUCCCAGCGACUGUCGACUUGUCCCCACUGGAAAAAGUAAUCCGCGAGCCAGGAGCGUACGUGACCACCGGCGCCUCACUCAGCAUCCGACUCCCGCCCAGUUCACUUAAAUUCUCCAGGAUCGUUGUGAUCAUUCCGUACAAGGACAAGGUGACUCUGGGGGAAAUCACCAAAGCCAUGACUACAGUCAACUUGAAGGCGCUGCCUGGGGUCCCGGUUCGCUCGUACCAAAUGACAGAAGCCGAGAAAAUGGACUGCGAAACAGGCACAUUGGACGUGAUCACGGGCACCCAGAUCAUCGACAGUCAGUUCCGCAUGAUCAUCCUGGAAGGUCUGGCCGACCAAGGCAUGAAGUUCUUGCACGAGCAGCUCCAGCGGAAAGGGCCGAACGACCCCCAAGGCUAUCGGAUGUUCAGCAACGACCAGCUCCGCUUCACGCGGCGGCUGUACACUGUGUUCGAGAUCGACGUGAAGCGGAUCAAGCUCCGGUAUCCGCUCCCUCUUCUGAUGACAACGCCCGACAUCUACAUGCGAACCAAAGUGUCCGAGAACUGUCACCAGGCUCUCGCUCGACUGGCGGAUAUGCGGAAAGUCCAGCGUCUGAUUGAGGUGAAGCACCUGGAUCUCUUCCCCACGGCGCAAAUGCUGCUGGAAGUGGAGAGCAAGUAUGGUGAGAGUAUCACGCUGGAAGACAUCCACGGCUCAAGCGACACCAAAUCCAGCGUGUCCUCCAAAUCCGAGGUCAACAACAACGUCGGAGAGCAGCAGACUAAGGCGAAAGACGGUGAGCACACUGUCGGCUCCACAAGACACCGCAGCAGUCGGCUUAAAGCGCCGACGGACUCAACGAAUGCGAGCUUCGAGCAGUCCCGUCGGAGUCGCGUUGAGAAAAACUUCCUCCUCGAGCGGAAGAACCAAAGCGACCAGGUGAAGGCCGAGUACACCGAAAAGAAGCAGAUCGCUGAGAUGCUGGAGGACAAGUCGCAACUUCCCGUUUAUCUGUACAGCGGCCAGAAGCUUCGGGCACUGCGGCAGACGGAAGAGCAGGAAGAUCGCAAGAAAUGGACCACGCAGCGCGGCUUCAUCUACCCGGCGCCUCGCCAACCAGCAGAGUACUACAAACACGCAAAUGCUCCGAGUGAAGCUCGAUGCGAAGACCUCCGUCAGCCAUUCGUCGACAACGUCAACCACCCGAAGCCUGUAUCGCGAGACUCCGGCGAGCCUGGAAGCCGGAAGGGGCCCGAGUUCUCCACCCUCCCGUCCAAGGACAUGAUAUUUGGAGGAACAAACGGGGACGGCUCCGUGAACCCCGACUACUUCCGCAGUGUGCAUCUGUGCGGCGAGGGGCUUCGUCUGGAGAUGGAGGAGGCCCUCAAGAAGGAGCAGGGCGAGUGGGAACGCCGCCUUGUCGUCGACAAGAAGCAGCUCAAGUUCCUCGCACACGGGAACAUCUGCAGUCUGCCCCGAGAAAAACCGUCUCAGCUGGACAAGAUCUCCGAUAUCCUAAAGGGCCCCGCGCAGUCGAAGCCCAUCCGGAUCGUCAAGAAUGCGACGCUGCCGAGCGGAAAGCGGGUCCCACUGGAGAAGGCACCCGUGACUAUUCACAACCAGGAAGAGUACGCGGGCUGCGUAGCUGCCACAUUCGCGAGCACAUUGCGGCCAUCUGACAGCAACCAGUUUGUGGCGACAGACGCCACGUCGGGGCAACCCAAAGACUUCUUCCCAUCAACGACAAAUAUUUUGACGCCGCCAGUGAAGAAAUUCAUCACCCGGAAGGAAAUCACUCCAGUGCGCGAGACGGAGAAGAGAGGGCUCGUCUGGAGGAACGAGUACUAA